AUGUCCUCGCGCUCUCUGCCCUCCCCGGGCUCUGCCGUCAGGCUGCGCGUGUCGUACGUGGAAGCCAGCGCCGAGCUGUCUCUGGUCCGCCUGUGGGGCAGCGAGGGCGAGCUGUCCGAGGAGUACCGCCGGCUGAGGGAGCACCUCCAGUCCGCGGCCCCGGCCUACCCGUCCGCCCCGGCCCCGGCGGGCCCCGCCGAGCUGUGUGUGCUGGAGGUGGGCGGCCUGUGGCUGCGCUGCCAGCUCCUCCAGCCCGGCCCGGCCCCCGAGCUCAGGGUCUUCCUCCUGGACCUGGGCUACUCGUGCUCGGCCCCGGCCGCCAAGCUCCGCCAGGCCCCGGCCGCCAUCUUCCGGCUGCCCCCCCAGGUGCGGGGCUACGUGCUGCCCAACCUGCUGCCCCAGGACCGGCAGAGCUGGAGCGAGCCGGCCCUCAGCUUCCUCGGCUCCCUGCAGGGACAGCUGGUCAGCGGGCUGGUCCAGGACCUCAUCCUGCCCAAGGGCAUCGUGCUGCUGGAGGUGCCCGCCGUCAGCAAGCAGCUGGUGGAGCUCGGCCUGGCCAGGCCCCUGCCGGACUCCGCCUUCCGCGCCAUCCUCGAGAGGUUCCUCAAACCGCCAGAAGCCACCGUCAUGUUCCCGGCCAACGCCGUCAUGCCAGGGAUGGUGAUGACGCCUCCUCCGCCCCCAUCGGCUCCGCCAGCCUGGGGGAUGGACUUCUUCUACCCACAAAUCCAAGUCGGCGUGACCGAGCCGGUCAUCGUCACCCAAGUAUGUGACCCGCAGCGCAUAUAUUGCCAGCUGAGGAGCCUGUCCAACGAGGUGCAGCGGCUCUCGGAGAGCAUGAACCAUUACUACGAGAUGCAGACCAGCUACAUGGACCCCAACGUGCCGCUUUCUUUUGUGCUGGGACAGCCGUGUGCUUCCCGCAGUAAGGAUGGACAUUGGCACCGCUCGCUGCUGCAGGAAUACCUACCGGACAAGCACUUGGCUACGGUCAUCCACGUAGAUUGGGGUCGCAAAGAGAUUAUCCCAGUGACUGCUUUACGCACCCUUGCACCAGAUUACUUUCGGAUGCCGAUUGUUACGUUCCCCUGUUCACUGUAUGGUGUGUCAGAUGAAGGCACAGGAUGGGAUCCUCCACAGCUCUUUGAACUUCGUUCUUUACUCUUUGGAAGACCACUUACUGCUAAAAUUGAGUUUUAUAACUCAUAUGCACAUUUGUAUGUGGUCAACUUGUUUGGAGAUGAUGGCCUCAAUGUAAACUCAUUGUUCAAUAUGAGGGCUCAGACAAUGCACGUCUGUAAGACCAGUAAGCUAGUGGCUGAGAAUACACCAAAAGAAGACGAAAGCAGUAAAGUAGAAGUGGAGACCCAAGAAACUCCCGAGCAACACUUCUAUGUACCUACAAUCCCUACUUUAGAACUUGACACUGGUACUUUUUAUGAUGCACUAGUGGAAUUUGUCAUUGACCCAUCUAAUUUCUGGAUUAAGACUACAGAAAAUGCUACACAGUAUAAUGAAAUUGUGGACAGCAUCACUGCAUUGUACUCCAAGGCAUCAAAACUAGAGGGUAUCAUAGCAAAGCCUCAGAAGGGACAAUUGUGCUGCACAAAGUUUGCAAAUAACCAGUAUUUCCGUGCAGAAGUAGUGGCUACACAUGGGAAGCAAGUUGAAGUAUAUUUUAUUGAUCAUGGCAAUACAGAAAUUGUGAACUGGUAUGAUGUCAAGAAAUUACCUGCACAGUACAGUGACAUGCCUGGACUAGCCAUACAUUGUAGUUUAGCAGAUAUCUACCCAAUGGACAAGUGCUGGAGUUCCGAAGCCAUCCUUGCUUUUAAAGUGGCAGUAGUUGAUAAGAAACUGGUUAUUUAUGUAAUCUGCAAAGAGUCCCAUAAAUAUGUUAUAGAAGUACUCGACCAAUCCAGAAUAGAAGAAAGAAGUGUGGGUAAAAUCCUUUCUGCUGCAGGACAUGCAAAGUACGUAGAAUGUGAACCUGUGGACCACAUUCCUAAACUGCUUACAGCUAUGACUAUUGGAAAGAGAAAAAAGUUCCAGGCUGGUGAUACUGUUUCCCUCAAAAACCCUGUUAGCACAUUUGAAAAGAUCAAAGAGAUUAAGCCUGCUCAAUCAAUGGGAGAUAAUGUAGAAAACGUGCAGCGCUCUCCAUUUGCAUCUCUGGUUUUUGAGCCAGGCACUACAAUAGAAGUGGCGGUGUCCUUUGUUGAGAGUCCUGGUUUGUUUUGGUGUCAAAAUAUUGCACACAUUUCAAAGCUAGAAAGCUUGAUGUAUAAAAUACGUGAUUAUUGCUCAAAUGCUAGUUGUCCUUUUGAUGGAAGUUCACCUGGCUGCAUUGCUCGCAGCCCGAGUGAUGGACAGUGGUACAGAGCAUUUAUAACCAAAAUGCCUUGUUUGCCCACUUCAGAAACUAUUGAGGUUCAGUAUGUUGACUAUGGUAACAAAGAAACCGUUCCAGUGAAGGAUCUCCGUGCAAUCCGCAGUGAAUUCCUUAAUUUGCGUGCCCAAGCUUUUAAGUGCAGCCUGUACAACAUCAUUGCACCGCUUGGCAACAAUGCUUUCUGCUGGGACAAAAGAGCAACUGCAGCUUUCAAUGAAUUUGUUGACAGAGCCUCAGGAAAGCUUAUUCAGUUCUAUUGUAUGUUUUUUGCUUCUGCCUUAUUGGAGAACAAACUCUUCAACAUUGUAGAUUUAUUUACUCCGUUUACCAGCAUUUGCAGUUUGUUAGUAGAUAGAGGUUUUGCCACUCGUUUGUCUCACAAAACAUUGGAUCCCUCUGUACAGCUGCAUUCCUAUUUUUACUCGAUGCAUGACAUUAAAAUAGGGAGCGAGGAAGAGAUUUAUAUCACCCAUAUAACUUCUUCCUUGGAAUUUUACUGCCAACUUUCCAGGAAUACUGAAGUUAUUGAAACAAUUUCUUCUACUGUUAAACAGGUGGCCAGUGACACUCUGCAUUAUAAAAUGUCAAAGAAUCCUAGCCCUUUGUGUCUUGCCAAAUUUACUGAUCAGCAGUGGUACCGUGGAUUUAUCUGUGGCGCAAGUAAUCCCAAGAUAUUCUUUGUGGAUUUUGGAAACACUGAUAAAGUUGAGGACAAAAACUUGCUUCCUAUAAAAUCAAACGCCUACGAAUUGCUUCUUUCCCCAAUGCAAGCCAUAAAGUGCUCCCUUUCUGAUAUUCCUCCAAACGUUCCAGAUGAAAUUGUCUCUUGGUUUGAGAAGACUGUCCUGGACAAGCCAUUGAAAGCAUUAGUUGUGGCUAAAGAAACUGAUGGGAAGUUGGUAGUUGAGCUGUAUGAUGACAGUCAACAGAUUAAUGCAAGCCUCAAAAAGAAACUAGGUUUAAAAACUCAGCAAAGCACUGGACUUCCUUUGUCACAUACACAGUCAGCAAAGAUGGGAAAUAAUGACUCAAGACAAAAUCCAUGCCAUGCAGAUAAAGUACCAACAAGAGGUUCUGCGGCAAAUCCUCGCACACGUAAUUUAAAAACUGAGGAAUUGACACCUGUGCAUAGUGCGUCAUACAGUGGUAAACAAACCAAAGGAUUACCUACAAAUGAUAAAGAUUUCACGGUUAUACCACGGCUGAAUAGAAAACUACCAAAGGCAAUGUCUACUUCAGGAGAGACCAGCCAAGUGUCUUUUUCACCUCUGAUAAAAUUAAGUGACUUGCCCAAGAAGAGUAUUUACCCAGGAUUAAAUUUGCCUGUAUUCAUUUCCCACAUAAACUCCGUUUAUGAUUUCUAUGUGCAGAUUGCUCAAGACCAGGAACUCUCUAAUAUUUCUGAGAUGCUGAAUAAAGAAAACGAAAAAUCAUCUGAGCUGCUUUCAGAAAAAGAUGUUUGUGUGGGAGAUGUGGUGUGUUCCUAUUUUGCAGAUGAUGAGUUGAAUUACCGUGCUGUCAUAAGAGCAAAAAAUGUAGAUGGCUUGCAAGUUGAAUAUAUAGAUUAUGGAAACGCUUCUGUGGUUCCUGUUGAUAAAAUAUCCAGACUUCCCAAGGAACUAUGCUCUUACCCAGUAAUGAGUUAUCACAGUGCUCUUUAUACGCCCAGCUCUGCAAUGUCUGGAUUUAACGCGGACGAUCUCAUACUUAAGUUUUCUGAAAGAACAAAUGAUGUCCAGUUAACCUGUGAAUUUUUGCAGCUGUGUGAUGAGAAGUGGGACGUUCGGCUUUGUGAUGACCGUGGUUGCAUUAAUGAUUUUAUGACUUCAAUUUCAGAAGAACCCUUGUCAACAGAACCUGAUGAAGAUUUGUCCAUAAAGAGCACUGGAAAGUCACCCGAUGAAGAAGCUACAGCAUUCAAGUUUUUUGUUUGGAACCUGCCACAAAUUGGUGAAACGGUGCAGGUCUAUGCUAGUACUGUUGAUAGUCCCGAACAUUUUUGGUGUCAGUUAACAACUUCAGAUAUAGAUGGAUUAGCAGCUAAAAUCCAAGAGGCUGGCGAGGGGUCUGUCAAAGAUGAAAAUUUUAAUUCUUCUCUUGAAAUUGGCUCUCCAUGUAACGUAAUGUCUAGUGAUGAUAGCAACUGGUAUAGGGCAAUUGUUGCCAACAUAGAUAAAGAUCUCGUAACCAUAAGAUUUGUAGAUUACGGUAAUGAAGAGACUGUUGGCUUUGAGCAAAUACGAGAACUCCCAAGCUUACUUGGGGUGGUACCUGUUCUGGCAUUCCCAUGUGCUCUGGCAGGAUUUAACUUUUCUGAAGGAAGCUGGACUUCAGAAGCAAAUACAAUUUUCUAUGAAAAAGUGACUGAAGAUCAUUUAGAAAUAUCAAUUGUUGACGUUAAAGAUCUUGGAAUAUCCAAUGUACCACUGCUGUUUGUGAAUGUGAAAUAUAAAGGCAACUUUGUUAAUGAAGAAAUGACACCCUAUUGGAUUGAAGGAAACAAGACUGGCCUGAAUGUAUGUGCAGCUCUUGCUGAAGACAUUAACCCGCAAAAUAUAUCUUUAGAACUGGAAAAUAUUUCUGACUCUGAAACCUUGCUAGACUCUAUUGCAACAAAUGUCCGAGAAAACCAUGAUUUAGAGCAAGACUUUGAACAGAUUGAGAGGAAAAAUUACAUCUCCCAAGAUAGUCUUUCCACAUUGGAUUCAUCUCCGAACGUUCUUUUGAUGACUGCUCAAAAAGGAAAUGAUGAUGAAGUAAUAAAUCGAGCUAAAGAUCUAAAAUCUUCUAAAGCACAUUGUGCUCCUCAAGAGGAAGCCAGCUGUGACACCUCUGCAGGUAUCGCUGGUGAGUAAAUUGUGGUGUGUGUGUUUUUCAAUUUAUAUUAGAAUGUGCUAUUUACGUGUUUUAAAGGACACUGUGGGCACCCAGACCACUUCAGCUCAUUGAUUUUUGCACUGUCCCCUUAGUACUGCAAUUGAAAACAUUGCAGUUCCAUAGAAGCUCCAAUGUUUACAUUGCAGCUUUAAGUCUGCGGGCCUCCUGAAUUGAAACAGACCCUUUGGUCCGGUAUCUGACGCUGGCUGUUCUCACGCUCUGAGGACCUCCAUAGGAAAGUAUUGAUUCAAUGUUUUCCUAUAGGGAGGUCUAGUGCGCAUUAGAUCUCACUCGGGGAGGGGGUGAAGUGAGUAAAUCUUUAAUUGCAUGAAAUACAUAAUGUAUCUUUGUGAUAUGAUGUAUUCAAUGUAUAUAGAAGCAAUUUCAGGUAAAUUACAUUAUGCAUUACAGGUUCACUUUAAGCAGAAAAUUAAGUCUCCUAGUCAAGUGUAUUUGUAUACAUAAUUAUACUAUUUUUGUCCUCUUAGGGAGGUUUGGACUGUAUUAUUUUUUUAUUAUAUAUUGAUUUUUGAAAUUUUUGUUUUUUAGGAAAUUCUGACUCCUUCGGUUUGAAAAAAGAACAAAAUGAGCAAACCAGUGAAGGAAGAACUGUUUCACAAUAUGCUGAUCUACUGGGUGAAGUACAUCUUGUGUCUUAA